AACAUUUGUUCUACUCUUAAUAGGGUGUUAAAAGAUUAGUUUUAAAGGAAACAUAAGACAAGCCAGUAUGAACUAGACCAGAUGAAGACCAAGCUGGAGAGGAUAGAACGAGAGAGGAAUGAAUACAAACAGCAGAGUGAGAAACUGGAGAAUAGGCUGGCAGAAGCAACUGCGGACCUAGCAGAGGAACACUCAGCAUCCACACAGUCCUCCGAGAUGUUGGAGGCAGAGACGUCAGAAAGGAUGAGGUUGGAAAAAGACCUAAAAGAUCUCCAGUCCAAGUACACAGUGCUGAAGCGGCAUGGAGAGAAGAUAGAGAUGGAGCUCACUCAGGUCCAUCUCUGGCAGGCCCAGUCAUUGGAUGGGGAAAUAGAUGGAGAAGACAUGGACGGUGAUGGAUCCAUCUAUAAGGAGAGAUACGAGAGGAUUGUCAGAGAACUCAACUUCACCAAGAAACGAAUGACAAAGGAGCAUGAGGACGAGAUGGAGUUGGAACACAAUGCCAGGAAGGCUGCCGAGAAAAGGAUUCAUGAGGCCCUUGAAGAUGGAGAAGAUUUGAGACGGCAGCUCACUGCAGCGAAGAAAAAGUCAUCUAGACUUGCUACAGAGAUGCAGGAUAUUAAGCUCCAUCUAGAGGAACAGAUCACCCGAAACAAUGAACUGGAGCGUAAACAACGCAGGUUUGACUCAGAGUUAAGCAAGGCAAGUGAUGAAGGAAAAGAUGAGCGAACUAGUCGUGAGAAAUUACAGCGCGAAAAGGAUCAUCUAACAUCUGAGCUGUACACAAAGGAUCAGGAGAUAGAGAGACUUCGCCUUGAUUUGGAAACACAAACAGAAAAGGCAAGUCGUUUAGACCGUGAGCUGAUGGACAUUACUCUGACAAGUACCAAGGGAACUGAUAAGGAGGUGAUGUCACUCAAGAAAUCUAAACACGAGUUAGAGAUGAAAGUAAAAGACCAAGAGGAAGAGCUUGACGACCAGGCAGGCCAGAUACAGCAACUCGAACAGACAAAGACAAGACUAGAGAUGAACCUUGAGCGAUUACGACAAACACACAUGAAAGAAUUGGAGGAAAAGGAAGAAGAAAUGCAGGAAAAUAGAUAUGCCACACAGAAAAAGUUAAAACACAUGGAGAACCAAAUGGAGGAGGAAUAUGAGGAUAAGAAACGACUACAAGCUGAAAAACGGGAUGUGGAGAGACAGCUUCAGGAGAUUAACGCCAGCAGGUCUCAUCGUGAUAAAGAUGGAGAGAAGCGUUUGAGACUUGAACUAAGGAAGACCAAGGCCCUACUCCGAGAUGCUGAGACUGUCCUUCAAAAGAUGAGAGGCUCUGAGGGAACAAAAGCAAUCAUCAAACAACUUAGAAACAGGCUUGAAGAUUCAGAGUUUACAGCAGCAACAGCCGUCAAAGCCAAGAAAACCAUGGAACUGGAGAUACAGGACCUUCAACAACAACUGGAUGAUUUGUUUAAAGCCAAGACAGAGGCAGACAAUAAAGCGAUGGUACUAUUGCGUGAGAAGUCAGACUUACAGAGCCAACUAGAAGAGAAUGAGGAGGACAUGAAUGAUAUAUUGAAAAAAUACAAAACAGUUGUACAUCAGCAAUCAGUGGACCAGGUAACAUUGUCUGACCAACUCCAGCAGAUUGAUGAAUUGACAACAGAUAAAGAAAAGUUACGACAGGAGAUGUCAGAACUUCAGAUGAAGGUUCAGACACUGGAAGAGACCAGCGUAGAUAAGAACACAGUACAACGUCUCGAGAGCAAGAUACGUGACCUUGAAAACAGACUUGACCUUGAGCAGACUACCAAACAUAGAGUAGAGGUCCAGCUAAACCGUACCAAAGAGUCCCUAGAUAAAGCCACGGAGGACAAGAGAAUUACAACAGCAUCCAAACAACAGACUGAUGAGAAUCUGAAGAGGACACAGCGCCAACUUCGUGACCAAAGAGAGGAGUUCUCUGAUGCACAGAAACGUGAAUUGGAGAGCUCACAAAAAAGCAAAGAAUUAGAAAAUAAAGUGUCGGAGUUAGAAUCAGAUUAUGAACAAAACCAAUCUGACCUGAAACUUGCCUUCAAGAGGAUAUCAGAUCUACAAGCUGCUCUGGAGGAAGACUUGGACAGUGGUGACAGUCUUCUGGGUUCAGACGAUGAGGACGAUUCUGAUGCUGAUUCUGAUAUGGAUUCCAUGUAUUUAACCAAUCAUAAACCUCCUUCAUUAAUACGACACCAUGGUAUCGGCAGUCCACGUUCCAGUUCUCAUUCCGCAGCCAGUAGUAUAGGCAGUCCCAGAUCGCCUAGUGUUUCAGAAUCAUCAAGUCAUGCAUGACACUAACAGGUGUGAGAGGGCUAUGUGCAACUACCAGCUUCACUGCGGCUUGUGAAGUGGAAGAUGUCAAAGGUCAGCAUAGGUCAAUUUCCUCAAGGUCAGCUGCUUGUGGAUAUAUUGCCUGACCUUGACAUGAAAAAAUGGCUACUUAACUGUGAUAUAGAAAUCAUGUAACAGACAGAAUCAGGUGACCUAAUGCCACUGUACAAAGAUUCCUGUAAGUGCUCUGUCUAACCAACUGACAGAAAAUCAUGUGAUACAAAAGAGUUCUAUGAUUGGUUUAUUCAUUCAAACUUCUUGACCAAUGAUUGUGAAGUUUAAAUUCCUGGAAUGUGCUCACCUGCCAAGGCAACAUUUGUUUACUUGGACAGGAAAUGAUUUCUUGGAUAAGAUAUUGGCUAGGACUGUGCUUGCCUACAUGGACAGGAAACAUUUUCUGAGAUGAAUUUGAAGUUGUGCUGUGCCGCUACCAGACAUUAAAUAACCUGGAUUGGGAUUACCUUUAUCAACCUAGACCAGGAGAAAUCCUGUGCUUAGUUGUACCACCAUAUUUACUUAUAUUGAUAUAGACGAUUGUCCUUAUAACAAUUAUCUACUGGUAAAUAUUUGUGUGGUCCUGUUAAGAUGGCAUCCACAUAUCUCUACUAUCUAGCCAUACAUGACAGGGUAUUUCUAAUUCUGGGUGCUAAAGGGUAACAUGUGAUCUGGACACCGAAAACAACAGGACAAUUCCUCGAUCUCUGUCCAUCCAAUUAGUCCAUCCACCAGCCUGAAAUAAGAAACCAUUUAAUGUUUUACAAUUACCAAAAGAUUUACAUCUAUCCGCUUGCCAGCUCCCCUGAAGCUAAUUUCGUGGAUUAGCAGCCUAGCAUUUUAUUGGUGAGGUAGUACUGACUUUCUGUAGUGGGGAUGACACAGUUCAUUUCUUCAUCUUGUAUUCAUUUCACCAAAUAUACUGUGUGGUAUGAUGAUCUCUCAUUUAAUAGGACAUGUAAUUUGAAUUUCCAGACUCCAAGAGUUUAUGGUACAUGUGUUUUGGUUACAUGCAUAUCAUACUAUGGUAACAUGUAUGUCGUAACUAUGGUGACAUGUAUAUUGUAAUUAUGGUAACAUGUAUGUCAUAACUAUGGUGACAUGUAUAUCGUAACUACGGUAACAUGUAUGUCUAGACUAACCUGGAAGUGCUAUGUAGAUUUAGGUUGUAGAUGAGUUGGGACCAAUCUGUUUCCUUAUCUGCUCAUCUCAUGCAUGUUUUAGUUAGAUAGUUUGUGUUUAACUUUCAACCAGAUGUUCAAAUUAAUUUAUGAAAUUAUGUACAUGUACAUAUAAAUAUGUAUUUGUUGAGAUCAUUAAUCCAAAACUAAAUCAAAUGUAGUCGAAAGUCACCAAAAUAUUUUUGUAAUGAUGUAGAAAUUUAUUUGAACAUGUCUCUUUUGGAUGUACAUGUUGUUAAGGUAUUACUGCUUGUCUAGGCUGUAUCACUUGGUCUCUUACUGCCAUGCUCAACACUAGCCAGAUAUACCUAUAAAUUACCACUGGUAAGAGUAGGUCUACAGAGCUUACUCUCAUCAAUAUUGAAAUCUAUGAACUUUAGUGUGUGUAUAUUGUGGUUUGUGGAAAAUAUCAGUCUCAAUAUGAGACCAGAAGUAGACUCCUAGGUGUGAAAUUGUUUAUAUAUACAAAGUUACUGAUUCUUGCAAUAAUUACAGACAAAUAUGAUAGGGUUCUGCCUAGUUACCAUAAUUUAUUCUGUGGUCAUUCAAGUGUUUGACACUCAUUUCCCUGUCAUGCAAAGGUUUUAUUUGGUUCACUGAAGUUGAGUAUAUGUACUUGGAUGAAAUGGUUAAACUUGAAUAGAAACCAACAGGUACAGAGGGACCAAGACCUACUUAAAUAAAGUUUGGCAACAUUUUAGAAUUUCUGCAUGAAAAAAAAAUGUUAUGACAUUCAAUACCUGUGAAAAAAGAAUACACUAGGGUUUUGGUCUGUUGUUUUUUGUUUGAAAAAGAAUUUCUAAAAUUUUGCAUUUUAAACUUUACCAAUUUUGUUUUCUGGACACCUGGAACAGGUGUAUUUACCUAUGUACCUAGCCACCAGGAUGACUAGUUUACACACAAGCUGCCAAAUCAUACUUAGUAGCAUAUUUACUGCUUGACUAAUUAUAGAAUGGUUCAAGUGACCAAUUCAUUAUCAAGAUUACUAAUGCAAUCUUCUAUAUAUUAUAAAAGUUAAUAUAUUUUUUAAUGAAAACAAGCUGUUUUAUCAAGUUCACUAAUUAUUCAAUACAUAUUGAUGAGUUACUUUUGAAAUCUUUUGAAAUAUAUUGCUUGUGUAAAAUAUAGCACAGAAUUUUAUUCCAUUCGUUUCUAAAUACUGUUAUCUCUAUCUGUUAAUCUAUUUAAUAUUACAUUUGAGCUUUAUGUUAUCGGGUUAUUGUGUUCUAGCUUUACAAGGAGAGUAGUAUUGCUGACAAAUGGUUGCUAUAUACACAGAGUAAACAGAGUAUAUUGUAUAGAAUAUUCUAUCAUAUAUCAAUUUAUAUGAAGAAAACAUAAAAUUAUAUCUUAAAUCACACCUCAGUUAUGAUGAUUGAAGGGUGAAUUGCCAAAAUCCUAACAUAGCAGUAAACAUGAUUAUCUCCCUUGUAGCAUAUGACGAAACCUUUUUUCAAACUGAUGUUCAUGUUUUCAUGAUUUUAAACUAAAAUUUAUUUUGUUACAUUCUUCAAAUUCUUAUGCUUUGGGUUGAAAUAAAUUUUUCAUUUUAAUGAUAUUAGUUCCACAAGCAAAAAUGUGCAAAAAUCAACCUGAUUUCAGUAAAAUUAGCCAAUCAUGGAAAUUCUUGGAGAUAAUUGUAUAAAUUUGUGUUAGAUAAGCUGUUUGAUUGGCUGUUAUAUAGUAUGUGUGAACUCAGCAUCUCAAACAUGGACACAAAGUGUUAUAAGGGGAUUAGUAAACAUUUCAUCUGUCAGUAUCUACAUUUAAAUCUGACCUGUUUCUCACAUGUUAUAUUUAAAUCUCAUUACCUUUCAUCUAGUUAUCAGGUGUAAAUUUUUAAAGUUAAUUAUUUGAUAUGCAUUUAAAUAAAACAGAAAUAUUCUGCAAA